UCCUAUCAUAAUCUACCAGAGUCUCGUGGAUGCAACUACGCUCUCCCAAACUGGCAAAUACUUGUAUUGGUGUGGAGAAGAAUUCUUCGUUCGCCGAACAUUCACAGUGCAAACGCCGUCUGAAACAGCGGAUUUAUUUUUAUCCUGAACAAUACUACAGCAGAGCAGGCUCAGCCAAGUUAAGCCGGUUCCCCAACGCGUUGCGGCGUUAGUUCGAUCUGAGCAGUGAAAGUGAACGGUUGAAAAAAAAACAGUACCAAUUUUGAACUUAUUUCAGAUACUCAAAAAUAGCAACAAAAAAUGGCUCUCGUUGAAGGCACCACCAAGACUGAAAUGACCCUCACCGAGUCACAAACUCCCGUGAUUUCGAAGGAAGUAAUUGUCGAAAAAUCAUCUGCCGGCGUUUCCGAAAAAAGCGUUACGCAGUCCAAAAGCUUCGGCGCUAGCAGCGAAAAGGAAAUCCUGGAGGAAAGUGCCAACGCCAUCUCUAAGACUGUGGAGAAAUCAGAGUCAUCGUUUGCUUCCGAACGGAGUGUGUCUGAAAAAGUUUCGGAUACUGGAUCUCUUGCCUCAUCACUGCUCUCUUCUUCGUCCGUGAUAAGCUCCGUUUCAAGCAGCAAAGUGGUAUCCUCGUCAUUCAGCUCUUCCAGUUCAUCGUCCAUGUCCAGUAUCAAAUCAUCUUCGUUCGACUCCAGCACAGCUAUCGACGAUUUCUUUAAAAAUUAGAUACUUUCAAAACAUUACAACUUCUACUUUCGAAUAACUACCUUUGAAAAAGAAAUUGAUUAAAAUUUUCAUAUCCGUACGUUUGUAAUAAUUUAAAAAGCCCAAUAAAACAAGCAGAAGGCAGUAAAAUUUAA